ACUAGUCACCUUAUCAGCCGGUCUGUCAACGAAGGUGCACACUGUUACCUCUCUUGAAUACACGGUACAGCCACUUUUUCAUCAGUGAAAUUGUCACACUUUGCUUGAUUGUGUGGUUCAUUGCAGUAUCAUUCUGUCUGUCGCCUGAUGGUCUGAACGGGAUGGAGGAUGAGGACGAUUGCCCAGAGUUGGUGCCUAUCGAUGCCCAGCAAGGUGCACUUACAGAGCAGAUCCCCGUCACCAUCAUCACUGGCUAUCUUGGCGCUGGAAAGACUACACUCUUGAACUAUAUUUUAACAGAACAACACGACAAACGGAUUGCGGUCAUACUCAAUGAAUUUGGAGAAGGAAGCGCACUUGAGAAGUCCCUAGCCGUGAGCCAUGCUGGGGAACUUUACGAAGAGUGGCUAGAGUUGAGGAACGGCUGCCUCUGCUGCUCUGUCAAGGACAAUGGUCUCAAAGCCAUCGAGAACUUGAUGCAGAAGAAGGGCAAGUUUGAUUAUAUCCUCUUGGAAACCACAGGGCUUGCUGAUCCAGGCGCCGUUGCUUCCAUGUUUUGGGUUGACGCAGAGCUGGGCAGUGACAUUUAUCUGGACGGUAUUGUGACCGUCAUUGACGCCAAGUAUGGACUCCAGCACCUCAGAGAGGAAAAGGCUGACGGACUUGUGAAUGAGGCAGAAAGGCAGAUUGCACUCGCCGACCUGACAAUUAUCAACAAGACCGAUCUAGUGAGGGAGGAGGAGCUUGCUCAAGUCCGAGAUGCUGUGAGGUCAAUAAACGGUGUGGCGAAGAUCCUGGAAACUCAAAGAUCAAGGGUGGACCUCUCGGCAGUUCUCGACCUUCACUCUUUUGACAGUAAGGAUGGAGCAAAUCUAACAGAGAAGCUGAAUGUUGUGAAACCAAGCAGACCUCAUCUUGACAAGAGUAUUUUAACCGUGACCUUUGAAGUGGCGGGAAGUCUUUCAGAAGAUGCGCUGAAUGUUUUCAUUCAGGAUCUCCUCUGGGAAAAGACGCUGCGAAACAAAGAGGGGCAACCCAUGACUGUCAUCCGCUUAAAGGGAAUCGUGUCACUGGCAGCCAAAGCCCACCAAGUCAUGCUACAGGGGGUCCACGAACUAUAUGAGCUUAAUGAGACUCCCCAGCUUUGGGAUGGGCAGCCGCGGAUCAGCCGGCUGGUCUUUAUAGGAAGAAACUUGGACAAAGAGAUUCUCCAACAACAAUUCAUCUCCACUGUGCAACAAAAACACAAAUAAUCAGAAGCUCUUUUCCUGGAAUUGAGCCAAUUCUACAGCAAGUCUUCUGAUUUCGCUCGAUUAAGAAGAGACAGAUUUAGCUUCGUGGAGUCACUCAAGGUUAAGCAGCAUGCCAGAGGUUCACUCACUAAUGGUAAAGGUCCUGAAAUUUGGAAAAGUGGCAUCUGACAACAAUGAUGAUAAUAUUAGUAAUAUGAUGUUACUUGUGUAUACAAUGGAAGUUGCACGUAACACAGAUUAAAAGACUGUAUUUUUUAUUGAGAA